AGCUGUAGUUUCCUCCUGUGGCGGUGAAAGAAACAACAGAAUACCUCCACUGCUGCUUUCGCAAUCGGCACAACUACAAACUUCAUGUCUGCAGCACCUGUGACGCAGCUGCAAGACAAAGAGCGCCACUCAUGAGGUGAAAAGCGCAGCAGCUGGGAGGUCUGAAUGAAAACACACUGAUGUCUGCAGCAGCACCACUGGAUGGAGACUGAUGGAUUCCCUUUUCUAUUGUGGUUUUCCUGCCUUGUGAAACCUGACCUCUUCACGGUCACAUAAUGGGACACACACAAGCGGGUCAUCUGCAUCACUCUCGUCCUGUUAUGGGAUUCCUGACAAUGCAGGAGAAGUUUAGUUACACUGUUUUGUACAAAAGCAAAGAUGCUGCUUGCUUUGUCAUGAUGGGCUCCACCCAAACCCUGGAGGGAAAGUGAAGCUCGAUCCUGGAGCUGCAGACUGAUGUCGGCGAUUCCUGUGCAGGGAAUACCUUCAAUACUGAGCGCUUAAAUGGAGAUUAUAAGAGAAAAAACAGGAGUGAUGCAUUUUUUCUCCUCCAUCCAAUUCCUUUUGGACACGUUAGUUAAUUUUCAACUCCAUUCAAAAGGUGUUAGUGCAAAGACUAGCAGGUUUAUUACUCUGAUGCCUGGUUUAAGCUGCAGCCCCAGAACCAAACAUGGAGAAGCAGCAUUCAGUUUUUAUGCUCCUCUGAUCUGGAACAAACUUUCAGUAAACUGCAAAACAACCGAAACACUGAGUCCCUUUAAAUAAAGACCUGUUUGGAUCUGCCUUUGAUUAGCAACUUCAAGCACUCUGCACCUUUUCAUGUGAGACGCAAACAUGACACUCUGCAGAGGCCCAGGCUAUGGAGAGAGCAGCUCAUUUUGAAAAGGCACGCCUAAGGGCCGGGCAGAAGGACCAGAAAAACCAGCUGCCUCAGAUGGUUCCUCUCGGCACAGCAAACGUGGAGUCUCCUCCUCUUUUACCCCUUCUUCCUCCUCCCUCCUUUAAUACUCACUGAAACUGCACACCGACACACCUCUGCUUGGUUUUCAACCCUCUCCCUGUCUCAUAUUUUAGUUUUAUUACACCUGAAGUUGUGUUGUCUUCCUCCAUUUCUCCUGUCCGACACCUGGAGCAGACCUGCUGUGAUCUACCGGCUCAUACAGGUGGACUAUGCCUCCUUCGGCCAGCUGACAGUGGGGGAACCAUCGCUGCUCAGCGCCCACCUGGGAAGGGCUUGAGCUGGAACACAGAGGAGUCCGUUUGGUUUUUGCUGAAAAUGAGUUCAUCUGCUUCGUCUGCGCCCAGCACCACAGUUUCUUCAAACACAACCUCGGUGACAAAAUCUAGAGAACAAAUUCUGAUCCAGAGCUCUGGGGCUAUGAUUGCUGUCAUCGUCAUCGGCAUCAUCAUCAUUCUCGCUCUUGUUCUCAUCGUCCUGAAGACGUACAACAGACGGACUCAUGAGUCCAGACUGCUGGGGGGCCGGGCGGGCUCCAAACCUCGUCCGAAGACGUCCCAGUCCACGUUUAACGGCAGCGUUCCUCUGAACAGCAUGGGGGUCAGCUCCGUGUCGGGCAGCAUCACCCACUCCAACCCGGUGUCAGAGGACGGCUUCCAGCUGUCCAGAGCGGACGGGAAUCACUCCGAGCAGUUCAGCACCACCAGCGACUACAGCGAGUCCACCGUGGUCACCGUACACGACACGCCCUCCCCACUGAACACAUAGCAAACAGCUCCACUGGCCGAGGUUUGAAUUCAAACCAACACGACUGACUGAACCCUGCGGGAAUCUUCAUCAGCCGGGAAACUGGAGUGCUCAGAUUACAGGGAACAAACUGUGGAUUAUGAAGG